GUUUCAUGCUGCAAUACAGAACCAGCCCCUAAGCUAGAGAGAAAGGAAAGGUGCAAAGCUGGCGGGAUAGGGGAUUUCUUAACAGGAACUGCAAAGAAGACUUGUUCCAGCAGCAAAUGAGAAAAAAAUAGAGGGAAACACAGUAAAAGGGAAAGGGCUAAACUUAGCUUUGCUGUAAGCAGAGCUAGCUAAGCUAAUCACAGUGAAAGUUCAUUUUAGUUAGAGAAGGAUGAGAUGUGCUGCUGCUGCUGCCAUCUGUGACUUGUGGUGCCUGGUUUAGCUGGCUAGCUCAGCCUACUCUAACAAGCUGCUGUUAGCUUCUGUGGACAGAGAAGGCCCUGGGUCAGUCGAGCUCUCUGGAAACUUACAGCCCCUGGAGCCAAGCUCAGGCCACAGCUGAGAAGUUCAGAAGCUCUGAAGAAUCACACAGAUUAAAAAGGGAGCUUGGGGGCUGGUGUCCUCUGCGGAUCAAAGCAGUGUUUUGAGGAGAACCCCAAAGAUGACGAUCCGUAAGAAAUCAGUACAAGAGACAGAGAUUAAUGGGAAGAAAAAGUGGAUAAAGAGGGAACCCGGAGGAGUCCAGCACCCAUCAGUGAAGGUUGACCAUCCUGGAUCCCUGUUCUAGGGACCUCAAGCAAGGAUCCUGACUGAUGCGUGUUUAGUACGACCUGACUUCUUGAGGCAAACAAGCAGUUCUUUGAAGGCCUGUCCCCUCGAAGCAGCACAUAGGGCAAGCUUGGCAACAAAGAGAUAUAUGGGACACACAGACGAUUAAAGACUAGAAAAGACACUCUGCGACAAGUCCCAAGAUUUGCAAAGGAAGAAUUGGAUCAAGCAGCCUGAAGACCAUGGAGGGAGACUGUCUGAGCUGCAUGAAGUACCUGAUGUUUCUUUUCAAUUUCUUUAUAUUUCUGGGAGGAGCGUGCCUGCUGGGAGUUGGGAUCUGGGUCAUUGUGGAUCCAACAGGUUUUCGAGAGAUAGUGGCUGCCAACCCUCUGCUCUUCACCGGAGCGUACAUCAUGCUGGCUAUGGGAGCGAUGCUCUUCCUGCUGGGUUUCCUCGGCUGCUGCGGUGCCAUCCGUGAGAACAAAUGCCUCCUCCUUUUUUUCUUCAUGUUUAUUUUGUUAAUCUUCCUGGCGGAGCUCUCAGCUGCAAUCCUGGCUUUUAUCUUCAGAGAAAAUUUGACGAGAGAGUUUUUCACCAAGGAGCUGAAGAAGCAUUACCUGAGGAACAAUGACACGGAUGUCUUCUCUGCCACCUGGAACUCUGUUAUGAUCACGUUUGCCUGCUGUGGAGUGAAUGGACCAGAAGAUUUUGAAGCUGUUCCCCAUCUUCCAAACUCCUCUUUUGAAGAGGCAACACCAGAGGCUUGUUGCCAGCGAGAACUCCAGAGCCGGGAAGGGAUGUUUGUUAACAAGGAAGCCUGCCUCACAGGCAUCGAGAGAUUUCAGAACCGACAGGGCUGCUACACCGUGAUCCUGAACUCCUUUGAGACCUACGUGUACCUUGCAGGAGCCCUUGCCAUCGGCGUGUUGGCCAUCGAGCUGUUCGCCAUGGUCUUUGCCAUGUGUCUCUUCCGAGGGAUCCAGUAAGAGGCGGCCUGUGAACCAACACAUUCCCCACAUGCUCAGAAGAAAGAAGGAAAAUCAGAAGAAACAAAAACCUGAAAACAUCCAAAAAACUUUAUUUUUUUUAACAAAACGGGGUAGGGGGGAAAAAAGGAAAAAAAAAAAAAAAGAGGGUUGUAAUAUAUGAAUGACCAAAAGGAUUGUACUUCAGGGGCUGGAACUUUGAGGUGAUGUGCACUACACUGUACACCAGACCCUUGCCCAGAGCCACCCGCAGCAGCCGUGGAGCAAGAGCCCAGUGCAGCUGAUUGCACUAACGAAGGACAGAGCCUGCAGAGGGGAGCGGGAGGAGGAGCACGACUGCCUCUCCCGCUUGUCAGCGCAAGGCUGUGCCUGCUGUUUGCAACUUUAUCAUGCUUUAGACACAAAGGACUGAAGAACAGCAACGCAGGGGCUGGAUAAGGCAGCAGGUUGGCCGAAGUCUGUGACUGCCCAGGUGGGUUUGAAAACAAGUGGUGGUGGUGGCGGCUCCUCUAAGAAACAGGCAGUUGUUGCUUGCACGAUUCUGGUUUUAAUUCCCAGCCACAAAAUGAAAACACACAUGCUUCAGUGGAAGCUUUGCCCCUAUCACCUGAAACUUGUCAGAGAAGUCAAACACUUCAGUGAGUCUGGCUUUUCUCUAGAGCCUCGAGCAGGGGCACAGUGGUCUCGCGUAGAAAUGGGACUUGUCUAAGGCUGGCUGAUGGUCAAGAAUUUGGUGCCUACCUUUCCGUUUUUAGAUUUACUGUUCGUUGUUGUGAAAAACAGAGCAAGUGGUUACCUGCUGUGUUCCCAUCCCCUGGGAAAACUGGUGGCUCUCGUCAAGAGUAGCUGAUACUGAUGCCUUCCUGAGAAGGGGAGGAAAUAGCGUUUAAACCUUGUCAGCCUUUGCCUUUCACUUUGUACUUGCAAAAAAAUAGUUCGUGGUGCUGUUAGCAUAGAUACAGUGCAGUGGACUCCUACAUGCUUUCCUGCCCCAAGGGGAGUUCCAGGCACGGUGCUGGAUGGGAGAGGCUGAGGUUUGUCAGCCACUCCCCUGCUGCUUGCCUUAAAUCGCCUUGGGGCGUCAUUUCUGCUCAGGGGAUUUCCCCUGAGGUUUUCCCAUGGGCUCACAACGAAAGCAUCAAGUCAGAGUUGUUUUAGCCUGUGUGUUAGUCGAGAGCAUUUCCUCACUUGAGAAAGUUGUUAUCUACCGAUUUGCUUGGAAGUGAACUUGAGAAACGUGCCUGGGAGUGCGCAUUGGUGGUCAGAGGCUGAGGUGGUGCUGAGGCCCCAGACUGUCUCUGAGAGCACUCUGUGCGGCCGAACCGCUCCGGCUGCUUCUCUGCUGUUGGUGACUGCUGACCCAAACAGGUCACGGCUUCCUCUCUUCUGGAAGCCUCAGCCCCUGUUGGCUUCGUUACUCAAGAGCUCGCUCCCUGACCUCAAACUCUUUGGUCCCCCCCCGAAGCACAGCGAGGCUGUUUUCUUGUUUAGCUGGGGCCUUUUCACAGUCGCAGAUUGAGGAGUGCUUUUAGAGUUAAACCAGCCCCUCUGAGAGCUGUAACCACUGGCGAGGGUUACGGAGGGGGAAGGCAGCAGGGCUCCGCGUCCUUGGAGCCCUCCCAGGGGCACCGUGCCGAUACACGUGCAGAGGCGGCAAGGCAGGGUGGCAAGCAGCUGAAAGACUGGUCCGUAGUAAACAAAGCUCCUGGCUAAAUAUCCAGGUUGGGGAAUCGGGGGUACGAAGGAAGAGGAAGGAGGCGUGAGAGCUUUUCUAGGCUUCAUUUGAGAACAACAAUUUGCUCAGCAGCAGGAGAGGGCCCGGGCAGGAAGAGCAGCAGCCCCCCUGCACUGCCAUGAGUAUAUUGCAGCAACGGAGUGAGGCCAGGAAUGCUGAGUGGCCUCAGAUGUUGCAUUAAACCUCGCGGAAAGCUUUUCUGAACGAUUUCCCUCUGGACCUGUUUUUAAUGAUGCAUUUUAGCAUUAAAUUCUGGUCUGUUGUUUAAUGAAGGAAAACAAUUUUGCUAGCCAAAAAGCAGCAGUGUUUGUACCUGACAGCAGGUGCUGCUCUUAAGAUAGGGAAAAUCUGUUGCAUAUAGUGAUCUUACAGGGAAUGGGCCGCCAGGCGAGCCAAACUUGAACAGAGGAAAGCUUAGCUGUUCUGCUUCUGCCUCAGGAGCUAGUCAGUGAUUGUUCUGGUAGAGCAAUUCACAAAGGGGGAACAAAACCGUGAGCAGAGCUAGUAACUUGGAUGGAGGUGAGCAAGAAAAGCAAAAAUUGCCGCCCCAUCACCCCUCCAGUUUGUUUUUGUGUUUUUCCUUUGAGCUUGUUUUGAGAAGUACUGGCUGUCUCAGGGCAGAGCCUGGAAGGAGAACACUGCGAUUUAUGCAGGGUGGGGGUUUGAAGUUAAAAAAACAAAAUCAACACCCUUUUUUUCAAGACCUUUUCUUCAUAUGGGGGAUUAACUCUCAGAGCAGCCAGUGCACUAAGGCAUAAAUAUACGAGACUGAGGUAGGAUUGCUGCAAGCUUAUUUCUCCUUGGCUUUCCUAAUUCUAUACUAUUUCCUCUGUUUUUUAGCUCUUUCACAUCCCCUCUCUCCCUAAGGGCUGUCCCUCUGUCUUCAAAAGAUCCUUCGUUCUUCUACUGUUCUGGCCUUUGCACAGUUGUUUCCCCUCUCUUACCUUGUCUGGUCCCCCUUCUGCUCUUUUCUGGAUGAAGACUUCAACUCCUCUCUGCAGCUGGCUAGCGUGCCUCUGGGAACACAGCUUGAAACCAAAGCAAAGGCCAGGCAGCGCAUCUUAAACAAGAGGUGGAAAUUGCUGUAAAGAUCCAUGCAAAUCUGAGAGGCCCUGUGGAAGUAGGUAACGGGCGGGAGGAAUUUCUCCCAGGGGAAUUUAAUGAACAAGCAAGCCCAGAAACCAGACUCCUGUUGUACGGCAAAGCAUGUAAAUUAGUUGGUUUUGUCCAGUGGUUACGUGGCUGCCCCCUCUGUUGUACAGUAGCUUUUUCUCUUUUCAGAGCAGUAGGCAGGAGAAACAACUGUAUUUUUGUAUUUGUUUUUAACAGCUAUUGGUGAGUUUGUUGGGAGCAGGGGCUCAAGCGAGAGUCACUGCUUGCUGGAGAGCUCUGGGUGGGCCAGGGACCAGAGGGAGCUGCUGGCUCCUUUGCUGUAGCACUGUGACCACAGCCCAUGCACCUUGGAUGUAAUCCGUGGAGAGCAGUCUGUGCCUGCGAGCCCACAGCCCCUCUGCGCGCACCCCUGCCUCCCGGCUGUUAUUUAAUGCUCAAACGACCGUCACAAACGCCUGGGAAAGGGCUGCGUGUGAAAUAAUGAUGUUUGAAAUCUAUUUUAAAAAACUGUAAAUGUUCUUUUUAUUAGAUAGUGGAGCUUAUUUAUCCCGUAUUCCCUACUGUAAUGCU